UUGAGCGCCGCGCCGCGUCACGUCCCAACUCUUGUCGCUUAACGGCGAUUUAUACUAGGUCCACUUGCAUUGCAGCACUGCGGGCGAUGACAUCCCACGUGUACAGAGACGAAAAGAUGUGGGACACGACAAAGGAGGUGGAAGCGCUUCUGGGACCUUGCGCCGUAGUCAUGCGCGGAAUCGGGCUGUGGCAACCACCCGGAGGCCAGCCAGCGGGUGCCAAGUUUCUGAUCACGGCCUUGCUGUUACUCCAGCAUCUCGCCAUCCUCGUCGGAGGCCUCGUGGAAAUCGUCAUCGACCCGCCGCCUCUGGACGUCAUCUUAGAGGCGAUCUUCACUAUGGCCUGCAGCUUCACCUGGGGACUCAGAGUGGUGUCGGUUCUAGUACGGCAGAGCAGAGUGCAGCAGCUGGUGGUGGACGUGUUGAACAUGAGGAAGCAGUUCACCGAAAACAGCGCAGUCUUACGCAAAUCCUACCGCAGGCACGCACUUAUUGUGUGCGUUGCAUGGGUGGUUUUUCCGCUGCUGGCCGUACCCAUGUGGUUUGUGGAACCCGCACUGACCAAGACACUGGUUACGACGUCUGAAAACACCACAAUAGUCAUUCGGAAAACUCCGUUGAUCAUGUGGAUGCCUAUUGACACGCAGACACAUCCAAACUACGAAAUAACAUACGUUAUACAGAUCUUACUCCUUGUUAACGUUGUCCAAGCGACAGUCUUUGUUGAUCUUUUUUUCGCCUCCUUAAUGAUCAAUAUAACAGCCGAUAUAGCUAUACUGAAUAAUAACAUCGCAAGCAUGCGACUGCAUAAAGAAAAUGAAGUUAUGAAGAAGUCGGCGGAAGGAGUCAAGAUAUCUGGUGCAUGGGAAGUCACGAAUAAGAGGAAAAAAUCACUAGCAGAGAAAGGUGAACCGUACGACGAGAACGCAGCCACGACCACACCAUAUACCACCGAUCCCAGCGCGCAACUGUACAGAACGUUAGCGAAGAAUAUUCAGCACCAUCAAGUCAUAAUGUCAAUCAUCAACGACUUGGAAUCUAUUAUGAGCGAAACGAGUGUCAUCAUGCUGGCCGUAAAUUCAAUAAACAUCUGCCUACAAGGUCUAGGAUUUGUAGACGCUCUCCGUCCUGGCGCGAUGAGAACACUUGUUCUGAAGAAAGUGCUGACUUUCCCAGCGUACAUCAACCAGACCGCCCACUUCUGCUGGUGCGGCCAGGACAUCAUAGACCAGAGCGAGCGGUUGCUGGAGUCUGCCUUCAGCUGCGGCUGGGCCGACGCUGACCAGCGCUUCUGCAGUUCACUGCGGAUCUUCAUGCUGCAGGCGUCGCGCCCUCUUAAGCUGCAGAUAGGCAAGAUAUUCACGCUCUCCAGAAAUCUCUUCCUGCAGAUUUUGAAUACAUCGUACACGAUCUUCAACAUGAUGAUCAAUUUCUAAAGAAGAAAUGAGCGCUUCUGAUGCUUCAACGUCACACUGCUUUUAUUUAACUAUGAUCAAUAUGAGUUACUGCACACAAAGAAGUGCCACUUUUUAUCUUGCACACAGUUGAAUGCAUCUCUUUAUCAAACCAAUUUCAUCGAGGAAAACUGUAAUUUAACGUUGAUAACGCCAACACUCUGCGUUGUCAAUACGUAAAACCAACGUUUUGAUGCAACAAAUUUUGAGAGAAGUGCAAGUGACCUAAGUUACGAUUUCACAUGUAUCGAGAAUGGGGCUAUAGAAUAAGUGUACUAUUAGUUGUACUACAGAACGCAGCAAGUACUGAAAACAACAGCUGAAUAAACUAUUACAAGAACAAUUCGAUGAUUUAUAAGAUGCACCCGCACUGAGACUGAACAUUUUGUUGUUAGGCU